AACGUUUUGAGUGGCGCUCGAUAUGCGCGAGCAGAACGCGAAACGCCGAUUAAAAAAAGUGUCCAGAUGGCGAUAAACGGCGUUUGUUAUAUUCGGUCAACAAGUCUUGUUGUAUUCGGUCGCGGAUAGAGUCGAGUGCAGUUCAGGAGAAACGCUCGCUUACGCCACAACGACGCCGAUUUGCAUAUUAAGCUAAACAAAAAGAACAAAGGCGGCCGAUUGAAGAAAUUCCCGGGGCUCCGAAAAGCCCUCGCCACCUCUGCUCCAGACGCAUCCUACCUUCUCACUGAAUUCGUCGGCCACAGCCAACGAGCAAGGAUGGAUGAGGAGUGCAGCGCGAACUCGCUGGAGAGACACAAGUUCGGCUGGGAGGACUACUUGGUGUUCGCGGCCGUGCUCGCCGUGUCCAUGGGCAUCGGCGUCUUCUACGGUUGCUUCAAGGGCAAGCAGAAAACGGCCUCGGAAUUCUUGAUGGGCAACAGGCAGAUGAAUUUCUGGACGCUCGGCGCCUCACUGACUGUCGGAUUUACAUCUGCAAUCGCCCUGCUUGGGAACACAGCCGAAAUGUACAACUUUGGCACACAAUACUCACUAACUUUGAUCUCGUUUCUAAUAAUGGUACCCGUAACUUCGUUCCUGUAUCUGCCCACUUUUCGUGGAUUAGGAAUCACUUCAAUCUAUGAGUAUUUUGACAGGAGGUUUUGCAACAAAACAAGGCUGCUCAUGUCCUCUCUUUUUGUCGUACAAUCACUACUCUACUUGUCAGUGGUUGUUUACGCCCCUGCACUUGCACUGCGGCAAGUGACUGGAUUUAAUGUAAUUGCGGCGGCCGCGUUGAUUUUCACUGUCUGCGUCAUCUACUCAUCACUAGGUGGAAUAAAAGCUGUUGUGUGGAGUGACACGUUCCAGUUCACAAUUAUAGUGGCAGCUUUGCUGAUGGUGGUUAUUCGAGGAGCAAUGCUCGAUGGUGGUCCAGCGGAAAUUUGGCAAGACGCCUAUGAAUCUGGACGCAUUGAAUUCUUAAAUGUAAAUCCAGAUCCGAGAAUUAGGCACUCUUUUUGGACGGUGAUCGUCGGCUCGACUUUUUACUGGUUGGCGAUGAAUUGCGCCACGCAGUCGUCGGUGCAAAGGCUAAUGACUGCGCCCUCAAACAAACACGCCACUUGGGCCCUGUGCCUCAGUUCUCUCGGAAUGAUAGUAAUUUACUCAAUCACUUUCUACGUGGGCCUCGUCAUGUACAACCACUUUCAACACUGCGACCCUCUGCUAAGCAAACAAGUUGAGGCAACUGACCAGUUGCUGCCCCUCUAUGUAAUGGAAGUUGCUGGCUCUCUUCCUGGUUUGCCUGGACUUUUUGUUGCCGGCGUUUUCAGCGCUGCUUUGAGCACUGUGGCGUCAGGACUAAAUGCAUUGGCUGCGAGCACCCUGCGAGACAUCCUUGCCGGAGGUUUUAAUUACAAACCAACGGACGCGAAAGGAGCUCUGAUUUCUAAAGGGCUCAGUGCUCUUUACGGAUUACUCGGCUUUGCGCUCAUUUUUCUCGUAAUGCAACUCGGAGGCGUUUUGCAAGUGGCUAUUAGUCUUAAUGGAAUGUUGGCCGGAGCUGCUUUGGGAACUUUUACUCUGGGAAUGUACAUACCUUGGUGCAAUCGAACGGGUGCGAUUGUGGGAACCAUAGUGGGGCUAGCCACGUCCUUGUGGUUGUGCAUCGGCGCCCAAGUAGCCGCACUGUCCGGCCGAUUAGUUCAGGAGAGGAAAAUUGUUGGCACUGAUUGCAACUGCACCGUCAUACUUCCAGAGAUACCCAAUCCUGAUGAAGUAUUCGAUGGUUAUAGAAUAUCUUAUCUCUAUUAUUCACCGAUCGCGUUCCUAGUGACCAUCGUCAUUGGUGUUAUUGUCAGCGGAAUAACUGGGUUCCAAAAGCCAGAGUCACUGGAUCCAGAGCUACUUUCCUCUUUAAUCAGAGGCAGGGUGAAGCGUCACAUCAAAGAGAUUCAGUUAGAGACCUGCACUGAAAUUGACGACCAAAAAUAUUAGUUUUUAAAAUAAAUC